AUGGAAUACCACUCGGUACCGCUCGAGGAGCGCGCGAAGGAUGAGAAGGGGAACACACUGCCAUGGGGAUAUGUUUACAAGGAUGAAUCCCGUAACCCUCGACGACCGCCGGAAGAGACAGGCCCGUUUGGCAAAAGGAGGAAUACACGAUACGGCUCGACUAGAUCAGCUACACGAACGGGGACUCCAGCAAAGCGAGAAAACCCGAAUGUUGCAGAGUUCGGCAGACUGUUUAGCCUGCAGCAAGAGGAAGAAGCGCAGCAGAAAUUACUCGCAGCCAACAACACAACUUCGAAUGAUGCAGCGACUAGCAGGACACCGGGAGAUGCUGUUGCGACAGAAUGUAUACUCUAUGGGUACAAAGAUAAGGGUGUUGAGUGGAAGGUUAUCGACAAGUUUGAACGCAUCUCACUCGGCUAUAUAUGCGAAGACUAUUCCCGGACCGAUCCCGAGAUCAACCCCAAGUACCCUCAGUUGCUUAGCGGAGGUGACGUCGUUAUCCGUCCGAAACUUUCAGCCGAUGCCAAUAGGAAAUCAAAAAGAUAUGCUGGAGGAGCACACUGGAUCAAAGUGACCUUUGACUCCUUCACAGCUGCUGAUAGAGCCUGUCACUUCUCACCUCAGGAAAUUGACGGCUGUCUUGUACACUGUGAGAUGUACAGUGGCCACGGACCGCAGGAAGACGCCCCUAUACUCAAAGCAACCCUUGAGCAGCAGUCGCGGCUCAAUUCGAUCUAUCCAUCUCUCAAGCCAUCCACAUCCGCAUCGCUACUGCAGUCAAACGAAUAUGAUCGUUCAUCUCUUCCCCGCUCAUUUUCAUAUACUCCAAGUAAUAGCUUCGAGGCCCCUGCGUCCGUUCAAUCUACAGCAACGGCUAGCUCUGCCACAGUCAUGGGACAGAACAAUCUAGACGCGGACACUCUUCGCCAGCGACCAGGCCGGUCUCAACCGGAACCCGAACCCGAAGCGAAGCCAGCCAAAUCUGAAUUUAUGACCCAUAUACCCACGGUUCGACGGGCAGUUGUCCGUCCAGCUUCGGAAGCACUUCCUCCCCAGCCCUCGAUGACGGAACGAGUGCUCCGGUCAAUACCAAUUUUGAGCUGGUUCACGGGAGAUAUUGUCGGCGACGGGCCUGCUCUACGAGAAGAUGGCUCCUUUGACGAUCAAAAGUCGAACCUCUACUGGCGAUUCUGGCACAUGGUCGACAUGGUACUGGGAACCGAUCUCUGCGGCCUCAAAGAAGAAAUAUAA